AUGAGUCUGCGGCCAAGCGUCAUUCGUCAACUGGCCGAGGUGGAGCAGGGUGGCAGCAUAAAAUCGAACGUCGUCCCACUCUUUGCCGACGGACUCUCCAGAACUCGACUUACCACCACUGAAGACCAGGUCUUCCUAGAGGAUGAAGUCCAGCGUAUCGCUUUGUCAGCCUCUGAUUCAACCUUCUCUGAGGACUGUCGCCUGAUUGCCGCCCAGUUGGUCACUGGCGUAGUGGUGGCUCUUCGUGGCCGAGAGUUGGAGGACAGUCAAGGGCUCUUCACCGUCUCAGAUGCGCUGUUUUUGGAACCCGGUCCAGAGCAUCCAAUCACGACAAGUAGCGCUGCUGAGCUGACCUAUGCAAAUUUCUCCUCUCUGGGACCCUCUGUCGCAUUUGUUUCCGGUCUGGGUUUCGUGGGCACCAGUGGAGACAUUAGUGAGAGUCAUGCCCUGGCCCUCAGUCUACUCGGCGAUUGGUUGCGUGGAAAUAUCAUGAUCGGCGACACCUUUCCUCCCGUAGUGAAAUUGAUGAUUCUGGGUGACUCGAUCAGACCGCUGAGCGUUACGGAAGGCGAGACAGUCGGUCUUAUUCAGCAGGCUCGUUAUCUGACUCGCAAGACGGAUGCGGACUCAGUGACUGCCAUGCACCUCUUCGACUCCUGGUUGGCCAGCCUUCCUUUGGGCCCAGGUGCUAGCGAUGACCCAACGGCGACAGUAGCCCUGAACGGCCUCUCAGUGGACAUACUGCCGGGCCCCUCAGACUGUGUGAGUCACCUGCUUCCACAACAGCCGUUGCAUGCUGCCAUGUUUCCGGAGGCUGUUCGCAGGGCUGGCAGUCCUGGGACCGGAGCCUUGCGUAGCACCACUAACCCUGUGUACACGAAUGUUUGCGGCCGGAACAUUCUCGCGACGUCGGGGCAGGCGAUCACAGAUCUUUUGCGGUGGGUUUCUCUAGCUUGUUUUUCGUCGGCUGACUGUGGCCGGUUCUGUGUAUAA